GUUACUCCUGAUUUGUAUAGCAUUCUUUUUUCUUAUGUUUAGUUUAUUUCAUAAAUCAAGUGAGAAAUCCAGUUCAGAGAAAGGAUUGUCUAAUGUACUCGAAUACACACAGAAAUCAAGCCGAGAUAUCUCUCAGUUAGCAGACAAUAACCGUAUGGCUGCUAAUAAUUUAAUGGCGUAUGGUUCUCAUAUGGGUGAUGACUUGACAGAUGUCACGCAUAAACUAGGUCAACUGUUGACCACAUGGUCCAACAUUCUGAUGGAAUUCUCUGAUGCUGUCCAUCAAUACCAAGAUACAUUGAAAUCCAUAUCCUUGAAAGAAGAAGCACUUCAACCUAGUCGUGAACAAAAGCGAAAACUGAACGAAUCGAUUGAACGUCUUCAGGGCUCUUAUGCAUCGAUGGACAAGAUGAAUGCAUUAAAGACACAGUUACGUGAACUAGAAGCAUUCACCGAGCCAGAUGAAGUGGAGAUGACUAACUUUAAGCGGAUUGCAACGCGUGAAGGCCUUUAUUUGUUGUUGAAUGGGAUGCAUGCCAUGGCCAGUAAGACAGAUAUUAUCUCUACUUUUGGUAAAUACAUUGUGGAUGAAUUGGAUGUAGCACCUAUUCAACCAGGACAAGUGCGUCCUCCUUAUGAAGCCAUGAACAAGACAAAACGUAUUCAAGAAGAUGCUAUCCGUGCUAUUGAGGCAUGGCAUCCAGAUAAGACCAAAGUCAGAAGAACAUUGACUUCCCAUCAUGGCCAUAAUCCUCUUGUUGUGAAAGAACUACCUCCUCUGCCUGUAGAUCCUGAAGAAAAUCGACAGUAUUCAUUCUAUAAGCCUGAUGAAGAAGCAGUCGAUCAACAAGAAAGAACAGAGCAAGAAGAAGAAGAACAAGAAAAGAAACAAGUGCAAGAAGACCAUGCUCACUCUCACCCUAUGACCCCCGCAGGUCUCUCCAGUGUAUAUCCCCACCAUGCUUACCAACCACCCUUUAACCAGCAUAAUCUCUACCAAUUUUACCAACACUAUUUACCCCCUCGCUCUUAUGAAGACAUGUCCAUGGCAUUCAGUCCUGGUGCUGUCUUUCGAGGUAUAGAAGAACAAGAACAAGAGAAACAUGAUGCAGGUGGAUUUGUAUUACCCUCAGAUAAUCCCAAUAAUAAAUUCAAGUAAACCGAACUCUAUCGAGA